UAUUUCUAUUUAUUUUAGGCUCACAUUCCACAAAAAAAAUUCAAAAUUCAGGAACAAAAUGUCGUUUAAUUUUAGCGCAAUGCAGUACGAGCGCAGCUUUCGGGCCAAAAGCCUAAGCAACUGGGAGUAUAAGCGUUUCUUUCCUCCCCGUCCACGAAAUCUGAAAAAGAACUCGACGCCGAUCUGCGAGAAGAACGGACACUUGUUGCCCUCUGCAAAGCGCGAAGGACAUUUCUUGGGACAAUAUAGGGGCACAUAUCAUCUGCCAUUGAGGAUAACACGCAGCUUUGCCACCUUAUAUAAUUCCUGUCUCAGUGGACAGCACAAGUACGCGAAAUAUCCGAGAGAUCUGUGCUGUUGCCAGAGGAGGCAGGAGAAAAAUAAGUGCGAUUGGCGUGCAACGCUGGGAAAAAAGGGUGAUCCAUUGUGGGAGAAGCCCAAAUGUCAGACCAAGUGUGAGGGAUUACAGCAAUUGCUGGACAUUGACGAGCUGCAUCGCUGUUGCAAGCACACCAAGUGUCUGCCCCAGGGUAAGGAGAAAUUAAUUCCACGCGUGGGUGACUCUUCAAUGAGGAAUCGAAAGCGUCUUCGCAAGCGUCCUGUGACGGCCUUUGAUUACAAUCGCAGCCGUACCACGGCCACGGCCACACAACUGGAGGAGCAAACGGCCGCUUUGGCGGAGAAGAACAAGGCCAAGACUUCUAGCAAGGAUACAAACAAAUCUACAGCCAAGUCACCAACUCAUGCCCCUUCCAAGUCCAAGUCCAAACAGAAGUAAUGAUCCAAAAUCAAUCUGCAAUUUUUGUAAAUAAACCAUAAUCCAAUAUUGCCCUACA